AUGACCGAAGACUCCAAAUCCCAAGCGCUCAGCAAUCUUCGGUGUCCACUGCCACCUCCUAUCUUGAACAAUCCCCCUCGCAACAUUGACGAGCUGCUAGAGCUCGCCAGAGGCGAUUUGGAUAGUGUGGCGUUGAACGUCGCCGCAGAUCAGCACCAGCGCAACCCAUCCGUCCACGCCCAUUUUGAAGAGCCAGAAAAGGUGAGACUGCGUCUGGGGCUGAUACUACAACAAAGCCUCGACGCGGUCGUCGAAUCAGAGCCACCAGCGCUGUCACCGACGCGAAUCCCCGAGCAAAACGCCAACAUCGAUCCGCGCCUCGUCCAAGAUGAUGGUAAAAUCCACAUUUUAUUUGGCGUGUGUGGUGCUCUCAGUACUGCCAAGAUCAAGUUGAUUAUCGCUAAGCUUUUCGAUAUAUAUGGCGCCAACCGUAUCGCCAUCCAGCUCAUAAUGACCCAGCAACUGUCCAAUUUCAUCAGCGUGGAGCUGUUGCAACAGCUUGAAACGGUGAAGGGGGUCAAGGUGUGGCACGAUGAUGAUGAGUGGACUACGUGGAAGACUCGUCUGGAUCCGGUGUUACACAUUGAGCUCAGACGAUGGGCGGAUAUAUUGAUCAUUUGCCCCCUCACUGCCAAUACUCUUUCCAAGAUUGCCAUGGGUAUCUGCGACAACUUGUUGACCAAUGUCGUGCGGGCGUGGAACACGCUGUUCCCAAUCCUUUUGGCCCCGGCGAUGGUGCUGUAUCUGUACAAUGCCAUCACUACUAAGCACCAGCUCCAGGUGAUCCGCGAGGAAAUGCCGUGGGUGGAAGUGUUGCGGCCAGUGGAAAAGGUCAUUGGUGCCUAUGGUGAUAUCGGUAUGGGGGGCAUGAUGGACUGGAACGAGAUUGUCGACCGCAUUAUCAUGAAAUUGGGCGGCUAUCCCGAAGUCGAAGACGAUGGGAAUGACGACGAUGACAACAACAACCAUGAUGAUGACGACAACGACGAUGAUGACGACGAUGACGACGACGACGAUGACGAUGAUGAUGAUGAAGACGACGACGAUGACGAUGACGAUGAUCAGGACAAGACUCGUGAUGAUGUCAUCAUUGACGUUGGCAAUGCUGAGAUUGAUCCAACUUACGAUGAAUUCAAGAAAGAUCUCAGCAGAGUAAACCACCUCGAAGAAUCGUGA